GAUUAACAUCUUUAACCAGUGAAAACAUGAUUAUUAUUAUUAACUGAAUUUACCUUUUGAUUAUUUGAUUGUUCAACUUACCAACUAAUUCAGUUUGAUUGUCCAAUGAGAGUUUAAUUGUAACCAUAACAAUCAGUGAAUUUAUAAUCAACUGAUCAUCUUUUAAUUGUCAAUCUCCAGAAAGUCAAAUUCAUCUUCUCAUAAUGAAAGUGAAACUUUUAAUUUUAUUGAUCCAAUUAACUUCAAUCUCAGCCCAGGGGCUAUUGGCUGUUGGUCAAACAGGUUCACCGUUGAUUGUAAUUAAACCUGUUGCAAAGGAUAACGACCAUUCAAAUAACAAUCAAGUCCAUCUACCCAAAGAUGACAAUCAUGGAGGAUUGAGGCGUGUCAUUAAAUCAUUGCAAUCUGGAUUAUAUCUUGAACCACAGGAUGUUGAUGAUUCUGUCACAAUUUUCAGUAAUCAUCCUGUUUACAGAGAAUCAGUGAUAACCUUACCUGUGAACAAUCAACAACAACAACAACAAAAAACUGUUCUGAGUCCUUUAAGAGGUUUAAUUGGUUCACCUUUACAACAACAAUCGAUUCCUGUUCCAGUUUCUUUUAAUUUGAUUAUUUCUCGUGAUUUACAAACUCCAUCAUCCAUUUCAUCCCAGUUGAAUCUUACAUCAAUGGAAGUUAGUAAAAAGGUUACUCGAAGUGUAUCAGAUGAUUGUCCGAGUUCAAUUGUUAGAGAUAAUCCAGAGAAACAAGUAACCAAAUCGGUUAAAAUUGAUGGAAGGUACAAGAAUCCAUGGGAGACUUGGAACGAAAAUUCAUUCAGAAUUACAAGUUUGAUGAGGUUCAGCAUGGCUCGAGACAAUAGUGCUAUUCCAAAUCAAAAGGAAUUAGAUAAAGUGUUACCUAUUCAGAAGCCGGAGUUUUCUGAAGAAAGUCCAUCUGAUGGUGUUCGAAUCACUUGGAUAGGCCAUUCAACGUUAAUCGCUCAGUUUGAUGGUUUCACUGUGAUGACAGAUCCAAUUUUCAGCUCUCGUGCGAGUCCAAGUCAAUAUUUUGGUCCGCGACGUUAUCGUGAUCCAGCCUGUAGUAUAAAUGAUUUACCCAAAUCUUUAGAUGCUGUUGUCAUCUCACACAAUCAUUAUGAUCAUUUAGACGUAAACUCAAUUAAUAAACUAAAUGAAAGAUAUGGAACAUCACUUUCCUGGUAUGUUCCCAUGGGUUUGAAAAGUUGGUUCAAUUCUUUGGGAAUCAAACACGCUAUCGAAAUGGACUGGUGGGAUGAGACUUGUUAUAACAAAUCGAUUACGAUUGCGUUUACUCCCGCUCAACAUUGGUCCACGGGAAUCACCGAUGAUUUCUCAACUCUCUGGGGUUCGUGGACAUUUAUUGGACCAAGUCAACGAUUUUUCUUCACCGGUGACACUGGUUAUUGUCCAGUUUUCAAAGAGAUCGGCCAAGUUUAUGGACCAUUUACCGUUGCGGCCAUACCAAUAGGCGCUUAUGAGCCAAGAUGGUUCAUGAAAGCUCAACAUGUUGAUCCCGAAGAAGCGGUUCUAAUACAUCAAGACUUAAGAGCGAAAUCAUCAGUUGCCAUUCAUUGGGGUACAUUUGCACUCGCAUUCGAGUUCUUCUUGGAUCCUCCUCUUAAACUCGCCUCCACUCUGGAAAAGCUCAAUUUAUCCAACUCUGAAUUCAUCGCCAUGAAACAUGGAGAAAGCAAAGUUUUCCCCUUAGGUCCAAAGGAAGCUGAUGAAUCAGUUAAUCAAUUUCAACAAUCAGUGAUUGCAAAUCUACAAGAAUCUCCAACAAAUUCAUUCCUCAAUUCAACUUACUUAAACUCUUUCCUUAAUUAUGUUAAUAAUUUCAUCUCAUAAAUUUUAAUCAUCUUUUAAUUAUCAACAAUCUCAAUCUAUUUUUAUCAACUAACAAUUUACAAUUUAACUUAUGUACAAAUAUAUAAACAUUAAUCUCUAAUUAAAGACUUGAUUACUAUUGCUAA